AGUACACUGGUUGUUGUUGACGUUUAGUGACGGCCAGGAGAGUGUGGGUUGCAGUGUGUUAUUGCGAGAAAUAUCAACUGGUUGAGGACGAGACGUAGCCCAGACACCAGCCAUGGGGAGCCAGGAGCAACCAUGCUACACCCUAAUACAAGGGCCAGCUGACACAGAGCAGCCCUCAGAAAUGCAGUUAAAACAGGACUUGGAAAAUGGUGAUAUACCUGUGAAGACUUCAGCUCUGAAAAAAGUAAUCCAACUUAUCUUGAAUGGGGAACGUCUUCCGGGAAUUUUGAUGACAGUAAUACGUUUUGUUAUGCCACUUGAGGAUCACACCAUUAAGAAGUUGCUGUUAGUCUUCUGGGAAAUUGUCCCCAAGACGACAUCAGAUGGCAAGCUCUUACAGGAAAUGAUUCUUGUUUGUGAUGCUUACAGGAAGGAUCUUUCCCACCCCAAUGAAUUCAUCAGAGGGUCUACAUUGAGGUUUCUCUGCAAACUAAAAGAGCCAGAGCUGCUUGAACCACUGAUGCCCACUAUCCGCACUUGUCUUGAACACAGACACUCUUAUGUCCGCAGAAAUGCUGUUCUUGCUAUUUUCACUAUAUACAAGAACUUUGAUUUUUUGAUCCCUGAUGCCCCUGAACUCAUCUCCAACUUCCUGGAGGGGGAGCAAGACAUGUCAUGCAAGAGGAAUGCGUUCAUGAUGUUGAUACAUGCUGACCAGGAGCGCGCUCUUACGUAUUUGUCCACGUGCAUUGAUCAAGUUAACUCCUUUGGUGAUAUUCUGCAGCUAGUUAUUGUUGAACUCAUUUAUAAGGUGUGCCAUGCAAAUCCAGGAGAAAGAGCUCGUUUCAUCAGAUGCAUUUACAAUCUUCUUAACUCCAACAGUCCUGCAGUGCGUUAUGAAGCCGCUGGAACUCUGGUUACCCUCUCGUCUGCUCCUACUGCCAUUAAGGCUGCAGCUAACUGUUACAUUGAGCUCAUUGUUAAAGAGAGUGACAAUAAUGUGAAGCUAAUUGUCCUGGAUCGGUUGGUAGCACUAAAGGAUUCUCCAAUGCAAGAGAAAAUAUUACAGGAGCUGGCCAUGGAUGUUUUGAGGAUUCUUUCCACGCCCGAUUUGGAAGUUCGGAAGAAAACUUUAAAUUUGGCCUUGGAAUUAGUGACGCUGCGAUCAGUGAAUGAAAUGGUCGAGGUGCUGAAGAAGGAAGUGGGCAAGACACACAACACUGUUGAGCAUGAAGACACUGGGAAGUACCGGCAGCUUCUUGUGCGCACCUUGCACACGAUUAGCAUGAAAUUCCCAGAAGUGGCUGCCAAUGUCAUUCCCAUCCUGAUGGAUUUCCUCUCGGACAACAAUGAACUUGCUGCCACUGAUGUUCUGGUCUUUGUUAGGGAAGCAAUUCAGAGAUUUGAGAUUCUACGUUCACAGAUUAUUGAACGCUUACUAUCGGCUCUGCCAACAAUUUGUUCUGUGACUGUACAGUGUCACACCCUAUGGAUUCUAGGAGAGUACGCCUCAACUACAGGGGAGGUUUUGGGCGUAGUGUCGGCUGUGCGGGGAAGCCUAGGGGAACUUCCCAUUGUGGAGGACGAGGUGCGUAGGGCUGCUGGUGAGCCUGGGGAAGAGGACGGCUCUGUAGACAAGAGCAGCCAGCAUCAGCAGCAACAGCAGAAGGUGACAGCUGAUGGUACUUACGCCUCCCAGUCUGCCUUCUCAACAACUACGUCAUCUAGAAAGGCAGAUGAUCGGCCGCCACUGAGGAAAUAUCUCCUGGAGGGCAACUUCUACCUUGGAGCUGUAAUUGCCAACACCCUUGUUAAGUUGGCUUUCAGGCACACUUGUCUGGAAGGUGAUGCCUCCAAACAGAAUGCCUUCUGUGCUGAAGUGAUGCUUGUCAUCUCCUCUAUUGUGCACUUAGGCAAGUCUGGUUUACCACAAAAAUCCAUGACUGAUGAUGAUUAUGAUCGCAUGAUGCUGUGCCUUCAGGUCGUGUCAGAACGUACCCCAAGUUUGGCAUGCGUGUUCACGGAGCAGUGCCGGUCAGCUCUGUCCCAUAUGCUAACUGCAAAGGCAGAAGAGGAAGAAACACUGAGGCGUGAUCGCAAAGCCAGUAAAGUUAUUGAGCAUGUGGAUGACCAUAUUGCUUUCACCCAUUUGACAAAAGGCAGCGAUCCCUCCUCCACAGAUGAUAUGUUUGACCUCUCAAUGUCUAUGGCUGUUAGUGGUGGCAAGAAGGAGGGUAUUGAUCUGAGCACCAGCAAAUUGAGCAAGGUAACUCAGCUCACAGGGUUCAGUGAUCCUGUGUAUGCUGAAGCGUACGUACAUAUCAACCAGUAUGAUAUUGUCCUGGAUGUACUGAUUGUCAAUCAGACUGCAGACACACUACAAAACUGCACCUUGGAGUUGGCAACCCUCGGGGACCUAAAGCUAGUGGAGAAGCCGCAGCCAGUUGUACUUGCACCACACGACUUCUGCAAUAUUAAAGCCAAUGUAAAAGUGGCCUCGACCGAAAAUGGCUUUAUCUUCGGCAACAUAGUUUAUGAUGUGAAAGGUUCGACUAGUGACCGCAACGUUGUCAUCUUGAAUGACAUUCAUGUCGACAUCAUGGACUACAUUGUUCCAGCCUCCUGCACUGACCUUGAGUUCCGACAGAUGUGGUUGGAAUUUGAGUGGGAAAAUAAGGUGACGGUUAACACCCAGAUGACGGAGCUAAAAGCAUAUUUGGAUUACCUGUGCAAGUCGACCAACAUGAAGUGUCUCACCCCUGAAAAGGCCCUCAGCGGCACAGGGGACUACAUGGCCGCCAACCUGUAUGCACAUUCCAUCUUUGGGGAGGAUGCGUUGGCUAAUUUGUCCAUCGAGAAACCGCUGGACAACCCUGAUUCUCCCGUCACAGGCCACAUCAGAAUCCGUGCCAAGAGCCAGGGAAUGGCCAUCAGUUUGGGUGACCGAGUAAAUAAAGUGCAAAAAGCAACGAUCAAGUCGGUUGGUGCUUAAGAAACGUGAUGCGUCUUAUUUUUGAGCAGCGAAAUGUUCUAGGAUAUGAUUGUGCUGUGCUGGGUCUUUUUAGCUGUUGACUUAAUAAAUUAAACUAUGCUGUGCUUCAUAGUUAGGUCAUGUUACACAAGGUAAUCUCUGUUAUAUGAAUUUUGUUUAAGCAGGUUUGUUCCUUAGCCUAAAGGAUGUCAUUAAAAUGAUCACUGAGAGGUCCAAGUACUUUAUUUGUUUAUUUAUUGUAUAUAAUCAAAAUAUUUGCAUGUUAGGACAUAAGUUUGUUGUUAAACACUUGUAUAACUGCCAAGGAACAAUAAUAAAGUACUGCUAAUAGAUAUAUAUAUAUAU